AGCUUAUGGGACAAAAGUGAUUUAAAGUAGAAGGUAAUGGAGCUACAAGCAGGAAAUGCAGCCAAAACUAGGAGGGUGCUACAGAAGAAAACGCGUAUUUGAGUAAACUGCAGACAUCGCAAGACACCAACGUAGAGAGUUUAAAAGGGCAAAAAUUGUUUUGUUUUUGCUUCCGCAUGGCAUGUGUCUCAGCAGUUUUAUGGACGUAUAAAAGUCAUUUCAGAAUGUUUCAGUUGUAUAUCUGGAAAUCGGACACAGGUUGCAUUCAAGGACAAUAUAAUCAGUUCGAGAAAAAUUAAAAUCGGAACUAUAUGGAAAUAAUAUAAUCAAUGUUAGAUGUACUUUUUGAAAGCAACGCCACGGCUAAUUAGAAUGACGUCUUGUAUUACGCAGGCGUGAAUCGAACUAGGUGCAUUACCUCAUCUCGUAAGGACGGAAGCGGAAGUAAAACUGAGAAACUGUUGACUUUAGUUGCACGUGCAAAAAAAAUAUGGAGAAACGCCGCGCGUCUGCUUAUGAAAUCUACAAAACCUAUAAAAGAUGCCAGGAAGAAUGUAUUGGAGAAAACAAACCUGCAGACUGCAGCCCAGUCCAGAAGCGCAAACGGAUUAGAAUUAAAAAAAAAGUCACUUUUCACGAUGAUGUGCAAAUUUACAUACAAAGUCCUAAGAAGGAAGCUCCAGAUCAUGAAUGUUUGAACCCUGCCACAAAAAAUCAUGAGGCAAACUGGUUAACCAACAGAGAGAAGAUUUUAAAGCCAAAGAAAAGCAUACAGAGGAAAAGCAAUGAAAGAUCACCCUUUAAAAAGAAUUUGGCAAGUCUCCAAUUGCCUUUUGUGGGACCAUCAUUGGAGUCAAUACUUGAAGGAAUUGGAAAGAUAGCAGACAGCCAAGCGAGGGCUGAUAAACUCUUUGAGUGGUUAAUUUUGCCUGUUUCGCCAAGCAUAUUUUUCAGUGAUAUUUGGGAAACAAAACCAGUUUUAAUCACAAGAUGCAAUUCUGGCUAUUACAAAGGGUUAUUUUCAACAGAAGUGUUUCAUCAGAUUUUGAAAGAGAAUGAUGUCCAGUAUGGCGUUAAUCUUGAUGUGACAAGCUACACCAAUGGACAGCGACAGACUCAUAAUCCUCCUGGAAGAGCCCUGCCUUUUAGUGUAUGGAAUUACUUCAAGAAUGGCUGCUCUCUACGUUUGCUUAAUCCCCAGGCUUUUUCUGUUACCGUAUGGAAUGUCCUUUCCAUUUUGCAGGAGCUUUUUGGAAGCAUGGCUGGUGCCAAUGUAUACCUUACUCCUGCUGGGACACAAGGCUUUGCUCCACAUUAUGAUGAUAUUGAAGCUUUUAUCAUUCAGUUAGAAGGCAAAAAACACUGGCGAGUCUACCAGCCAAGGAUGGCGGAUGAAGUCCUACCUCAAUUUUCAAGUCCUAACUUCAGCCAAGAGGAUCUAGGACAGCCAAUAUUGGAAGUCGUUGUUGAAGCUGGAGAUUUACUCUAUUUCCCUCGUGGAUAUAUACAUCAAGGAGACUGCUUGCCGGAUACACACUCACUGCAUAUUACCAUUUCAUCAUAUCAGAAAAACAGCUGGGGAAGUCUGCUUGAAAAGCUUCUUCCAGCUGCCCUGCAAAUAGCUGUGGAAGAGGAUGUGGAAUUCAGAGAAGGAUUACCAUUAGACUAUUUCAGUUAUAUGGGAGUGCAGAAUUCGGAAAAGGCUGACCCUAGGAGACAAACAUUUAUUGAGAAAGUUCAACGACUAAUCAGAAAGCUAUCAGAUUUUUGUCCUUUUGAUGCUGCUGUAGAUCAAAAAGCCAAAGACUAUCUUCAUGAUUGUCUUCCCCCGGUGCUUACUGAAGAGGAGAAAGCCACUAGUGUUUUUGGUGCCUCUACAAGGUGGGAAAAUGGGCAUGUGAAAGAUUUGGCUUUGCGUUUUAAAGGAAAAACUAAAAUUAGACUACUGCGACGAGGUAUAGCCAGACUCUUCAGUGAAGGAGAAAAUAUUGUUCUGUAUUAUUCAUUGGACAAUUCCAGAGUCUACCACAAAGAGGAGCCAAAGUCAUUUGAAGUGAAUUCUGAGCAUUGUGACAGCAUUGAAUUUUUGAUAAAUUCUUACCCCAGCUUUGUUACUGUGGAGAGUCUUCCAUGUGAAAAACUUGUUGAGAAGAUUUCAGUUGCUAAGCUGUUAUUUGAAAAAGGCCUGCUUGUAACAGAGGAACCUUGUGUAUGUGAGUGAACAAGGAUUGGAAAAGUUCAUCAAGUGACUGUCAGCUGUUUUUUCACAUGCACGAUUUUUCUGUUUUCUCAUUGCAUUCUUCACAAUAUAAUGGUUUCAUAUUACUGUUUAUAUAAUCGAGUUUCUAAAGAAAAAAAGUCAUUGUAACAUUUACAUUAUGUGAGUGAACAUGGAUUGGAACAGUUAAUCAGGCGACUAUUGUUAGCUGUUUUUCACAUGCACGAGUUCUUGUAAGUUUUCCAUUCUUCACAAUGCAGUGGUUUCAUAAUACUGUUUAUAUAAUCGAGUUACUAAAAAAAAAAGUAAUUGUAAAAUUUACAUUAUG